CACUGACUUUGUUAUAUCAAACUGAAAAGAUAGAUUUUGCUCUGUUUUCCAAAGGAAAAAGCUCUGAAUCACAGGAGUCUAAUCCUAUCCUGGCAAAGAAGAAGAGGAUUUGAGAAGCAGCAGCUUCCACUUAAGCAAUACCAGUAAACACACCCGUGUCCAAUGAGAGAGGAAAGAAAGUUGCUUUCAUUUUUAAGAUUUUUCCUGCUCAGGGAGCCCGCGCAGCAAUGGCUGACAAGAGACAGAAAGAAGAUCCCAUCUAUAAGGUGAAGUCAAUUGCCAGGAACAUGGUCGAUGGCUUUUUUGAUGAUUUGACAGAAAAAAAUGUUAUAAAUAAGGAUGAGUUACAAAGGUUGGGAGAAGGAUUAGACAUCAUUGUGAACAAGACUGAAAGUCUACUUGAGGAUAUCACUGAGAAAACUCAAAUGACAGGAAAAAUACUUAUGGACCGUAUCUUCAACCCCAGGAAACUACUGAGUUUGACUCAUCGUGAAAAUGAGGAUAGUGAAUCUGAGAACAGUGAGUCUUCUUCCUCAACAGAAUCUGAAAAUGAAAGUGAAGAAAAUGAAGAUAAGGAAAAAGCUGAAUCAGUCCACACAUUGGAUCUCCCUCCAACAGAAUCUAGAAGUGAAAAUGAAAAUGAUGAAACUGAGGAGCAUGCUGGCUUGUCCCAGGCAUCGGUUCUACCUCUGACAGCUCCUCAGGAAACCCAGUCUUCCCAACCCAUUCAUAAGUUGAAACUUUGUCCUCCUGAUCAUUUCCAGAGACUGAAGACAACAAAGAAAGAUGAGAUUUAUCCAGUGAUGGAGAAAGAGGGCAGAACACGCCUGGCCCUCAUCAUCCACAACAAAGAUUUUGAUCAUCUUUGCAAACGAUGGGGUUCUGAAGAUGACCUUUUGGGGAUGCAGGACCUGCUAGAAAGCCUUGGAUACUCAGUGGUUGUAAAAGAGAAUCUUACAGCCUUGGAAAUGGUAGCAGUGCUAUGUGAGUUUGCUGCCCGCAAAGAGCACCGAUCCUCGGACAGUACAAUCUUGGUGUUUAUGUCACACGGUGUCCUGGAAGGAAUCUGUGGGACAAAACACAGAGGAGAAGAACCAGAUAUACUUCAUGAUGAUACAAUCUUCCAAAUUUUCAACAACCGUAACUGCCAGAGUCUAAGAGACAAACCCAAGAUCAUCAUCAUGCAGGCCUGCAGAGGAAGAGGUGAUGGGAUUGUUUGGGUGCCAGACAUGGGAGAAGCCUCUGCACUGAAGUGUUUCUGGAGUGAUGCUGUUACAAAGACCCACGUGGAGAAGGACUUCAUUGCGUUCAAAUCAUCAACUCCACAUAAUAGCUCUUGGAGAGGGGUCAAAACUGGCUCUUUUUUCAUUUCCCAAAUUAUCUACCACUUCAAGGAAUAUGCUUGGUGUCAUCAUUUGGAGGAGAUUUUUCGAAAGGUUCAACAUUCAUUUGAGACACCAAAGGAACUGGCCCAGAUGCCAACGAUUGAAAGAGUAUCCAUGACACGGUAUUUCUACCUCUUCCCUGGGAACUAAGGACAAAUGGAGACAUUAUGGUCUCUAUGAUUCUACUACUUUAAAAGGUCAAUUUUUCAUGAAGAAUAUUUUUGUACCAAACAUUCAAUUGCCUACCCUUUACAAAUGCCAGGCUAAAAUCACUAUUUUACUGUUAUUGAAUUAAUGCUCAAUAAAGUUCCUUUUAAAGUA